AUGAAUUGGAUUGCAUUUGCGUUGGCAGUUUCCAUACCUGUCAUUCAAGCACAGGCACCUCCAGCGCCUCAGCCAGAACCGAUUGAAGUGACUGAGUUGCCUUUACCUCCCGUGGCCCCCAGCAACAGCACAGGCGCCUGUACAAAGAGCAUUAACCCACAUGGGACUGGUUGCAUAGGAAUUACCUCGGACAGCUUUCAAGCUGGCGAUUUUACAGCCGAUGGGAAUCACGUUCUUGUGAAUGUCGAAUUUAUCGGUGCGCCAACGGCCCCGGACCCCGCCAGCAUCUACACCGGCCAGCAAUUGAUUGCUGUCAAGACUGAUGGGUCACUCUUCCCUAACGGGGAUCCAUGGAAGUGUCUCAGCUGUGGCGUCCCUCCCGAGCAAGCACGGAGUCUUGACCCCGCAAGGGAUUAUCCUCACGCUGCUCGAAAUGGCCGUCAGGCUUUAUGGGGCCGCAACAUACUCGACUGUGGCGAUGCUCCCCUUGUGAGCGACGAAUGUACCCCGAACACAACAUAUAUCUAUCCCAUCUACUGGCCCAAUGGUAGUAUGCGAGAAUUGCGCAUGCAUCCAGAUGAUGUCCACAUGGGUUGGAGCUCUUUCACCAGGGGAGGCCAGAACACCUUCUUCGGGCGUUUGCAGUUCAACCCGAACCCGACGACUGGAAGUCCUGUCGUUCCUCGGUACGACUUGGUGAAUGUGAACAUUCUGGUCGAUCCAAAAGGCCGCUCCUCCAUCAUGGCGGAGGGACAGGAGCUCAAAUUGCAUGACGAGGCAAUUGUUGUUGGCGAGCUGCGCGGCUUUAGUGGUGCUGGGGACGAGAUUCUAUACAUUGGUCCGACAAGAGAGGCGAACAAUAUUGACCUAUUGGCAGUACAUGUCACAUCCGGUGCUGUCCGCCGUUUGACUAGCCACCCAGAGUACGCAGAUCCCAUUGCCUUUUCUCAUGACAAUCAAUGGUUCGUGGUCAUGGAUACGCGGGGAUCCAACCGCCAGAUGUGGAUGUCAGGCAUGCGAUAUAUCCCGCCGCUGAUCGACCUGGUCACCGUGACUGCAGCCUCAUCUACCCGUAACAACGGUGCUCGCCGCUUCUUCCAGCCUAUUUUGGUUGAUAGAUAUGGAGACCGAGAAUCGUACUAUGGCCAACGGGUCAACGCUGCUGGUGACGGCACAAGUGGCAGCGUCAACGAUCCCAACUGGAACGGGCGCGCAGACCCUGCCUUCUCCCCGGAUGGCACAAAAAUCGUCUUCUGGCAGGCUUUGGUCAUUCCCCCCGCAUGCGGUGGUCAGAAUCCUCUUCCUUGUCCUGUCUCCACCGCCCCAGGUGGUCGUACAUACCGAGUGAUGCUGGCCCGUCUCACCAGUCGACGACCGGCCGCUCCUGCGCCAGUCUAUAAAGUACCAGAUAUGAUCCCCUGGGCGACGGCUUUUCCUCCCGGCGCUAGCACCCCUUCACCAUAUCAAUUACCACCUGGAAAUUAUACUCUUCGCGGAAAAGCACAUGGCACGGCUCAAGUUCACCUCACAGCGUACCCAGAAUUCGAAGGCUUCAAGAGUGUAGCUGUGAACUACAUUAACUACAGCGACGACGGCCGGCAUUUUAUCCAUGGCCGGGAAACAGUGGCUUUGACAUUGUCCGCGUCGAAUCCGUGGUGGAAUCAUGUGGAUUGGUACUCGGAUUUAACUCAAACAGGCGCUGUGCAGGCUACCAAGCGUACAGGCCCCGGCGGAUUCCACUUGUCUAUCGAUGCUAUGACGAAUAUUUUCGAGGCAAAUGGCACGUUGACAACUACAGUGAAUGGAGUUGUCUAUUCACAGCCGGCAAAUGCAACGUGA